AUGGCGUCCCGCGGGGGCUUCCUGGGCCUCCAGCUCUGCCUCCUGCUCCUCCAGCCUCUGCUCGGUGGGGCCGAUCGAUCGAUCGGUGGCCGGCAGCGAGCAGGCGGGGAGGGGGCUGGGCUGCUGGCGGGGAGGGGUCGUGUGAGCCAACCAGGAUGCGGCCACAGGUCUAUGAGGAUAGUUGGGGGAAUGCCGGCCCCCAGGAGGAAGUGGCCCUGGCAGGUGAGCCUGCAGAUCAAUAACAAACACAUAUGCGGAGGCUCCCUCAUUGCCAGCCGGUGGGUGCUGACCGCUGCCCACUGCGUCACUGGCCAUGAGGAAUAUACAGUACGGCUGGGAGACAAAUCGUUAUAUCCUAAUUCCAAAACGACACUGGUGGUUCCAGUAGAAGACAUCGUUUGCCACCGCUUUUUUGAUGAUACAACUUUGAGACACGACAUUGCCCUCGCUCUGCUGGCCUUUGCUGUGAAUUACUCCUCCUACAUCCAGCCUGUGUGCCUCCCUGAGAAGUCUUUCCAAGUAGAAACUGGGACGGAGUGCUGGGUGACUGGCUGGGGCCGACUGGAAGAAGGAGCACCGAUGCCAGUUCUCCUUCAGGAGACGGAGCAACACAUUCUUCACCACAAGAAAUGCAACUGGAUAUUGCAGACACAGUUAGGAACGUUUCGCAGCAUGGUGAGAAAAGGGAUGAUCUGUGCCUAUCGAGCAGAGAAGAAGGGUAUCUGUAAGGGAGAUUCUGGAGGCCCCCUGGUCUGUGAAUUUAAUGAAACAUGGGUCCAGGUGGGGAUUGUGAGCUGGGGCAUUGGCUGUGGUCGCAGAAAUUUUCCUGCGGUUUAUACAGAAGUUAGUUUCUAUAGGGACUGGGUCAUUGAUCAGAGUCAGGCUUGCUCUUGGGACUCAGCAGACUCUUUCAUACUUCUGUGCCUGGUGCUGCCCCUGGGCAUCCUGGUGGCCCCAUGAUCACCCCUGCGCACUCCCCUCCUGUUUCCAACUCUUAACAC